CAACAUCAUGAUUCAACAUUGGGGACCCCAACAAAGUCCCCCUGUGUUUACAGUUCACCAUCUUCCUACUAAACCCCGUUUUCAUUUGCUUGAGGGGGCGGUAUAAAAGACAGGCAUGAUCUCCAUCUGUUUUCUACGCUCAGCAUGGUGUCCAUUUUCGUGAAAUUUGUUGUAGGAGUUACGGUCUUCGUCGCUGCCUUUGUCGUAACCACUCAAGCGUUGCCUUCCAACUGUGACCGUUCAUACAUCGUCCAACCUGGUGACACCUGCGACUCCAUCUCAGCUGCUCAGAACGUGUCGACCUAUCAACUUGCGACUGUAAACAAUCUCAAUGCCGCUUGUGCAAACUUGUAUGCUGGCGAUCAAAUCUGCCUUGGUAUCACCGGCCAAGAUUGCACAACGACCUACGUCGUUCAGUCUGGCGACGCGUGCGGAGUUAUCGCCGCGAACUUUGGGAUUCCCCUCAGCACUCUUCUCGCUAACAACCCGAACGUGAAUUCGGCUUGCACCAAUAUUUACUCUGGCGAGGUGUUGUGUACUUCUAGCCAGAUUUAUGUGAUUCAAACUACUAGUAUCUCCACCACGCCCUACACCGUGACCACCAUUGUCUCCACCCUGCUCUACACUGGUACGACAACUGCUCCUGCAAUGGCCACUCCGUAG